CUGAGCUGUUACUUGCAAAGGCAAACGGUAAAGAUAAGAAGGAGGGUGAAAAGAAGGCACGGAAAGAACCUGGACAGGAAGAUGUGAGCCGUCUGUUCCUCAUGGUCCAUGAGUCAUGUCAAGAACAUGGUGCAACACCCAGCCAGUAUAUGGCCUUUCUACACCUUUACAAUGCAAUUUAUAGCAGGAAGAAGAUGCAGCUCACAACCAGACAACAGCAUCUGCAGGCCGGUGUGUCGAAGCUUAAUGAAGCCAAGGCACUGGUUGAUGAGUUGAAGAGGCGGGCUGCAGAGCAAAGUGUGCUGCUGAGGACAAAACAACAGGAGGCCGAUUCUGCCUUGCAGGAAAUCACCACAUCCAUGCAG